UCUCUCUCUCUCUGCCUGCUGUAAAAACUCUUUUUCUUAUAAUACGUGCCGACUCUUCUCUACACAACUCUACACUCAAAUCUGAAUGUAAAGAGAGAGAGAGAAACAUCACGCCAAAAAUACCUUUCUUCUAUACAAAGAAAAUGGCGGCCAAUAAUGCCUCAUUCGCCGCCGCAUUAUUCAUCGGACUCUCGCUUCUCUUCGCCGUCACGGCCGAAGACCCGUACAGAUUCUAUGAGUGGAACGUUACUUACGGCGAUAUCUAUCCACUCGGUGUUCGUCAACAGGGUAUUUUGAUCAACGGGCAGUUUCCGGGACCGGACAUUCACUCCGUCACUAAUGACAAUAUCAUCAUUAACGUCUUCAAUAGCCUCGACGAACCUUUCCUCCUUUCAUGGAACGGAGUUCAGCAGAGGAGGAACUCAUUCGUCGAUGGAGUGUACGGAACAACAUGCCCAAUCCCACCGGGUCAGAACUAUACUUACAUGCUUCAGAUGAAGGAUCAGAUCGGAAGUUUCUACUACUUCCCUUCUCUUGCUUUCCACAAAGCCGCCGGUGGAUUUGGUGGUAUUCGUAUCCUCAGUCGUCCUAGAAUCCCCGUUCCUUUCCCUGAUCCCGCCGGUGAUACCACCGUCCUCAUCGGCGACUGGUACAAAUCAAACCACACGGAUUUGAAGGCACAGCUAGAUAAUGGUAAGAAGCUUCCUUUACCAGAUGGUAUCCUCAUCAAUGGUCGUUCAAGUGGUGCUACUCUCAAUGUUGAACAAGGUAAGGUAUACAGACUGAGAAUAUCCAAUGUUGGAUUACAAGACUCUCUCAAUUUCCGUAUUCAAAACCACAAGAUGAAAGUGGUCGAAGUCGAAGGGACACACACUCUUCAGACUACUUUCUCUUCACUUGAUGUUCAUGUUGGCCAAUCUUACUCUGUCCUUGUAACCGCUGACCAGCCUCCACGGGAUUAUUACGUUGUCGUCUCUUCUCGUUUUACCUCCAAUGUCCUUACCACCACGGGUGUUCUCCGUUACAGUAACUCUGCUGGUGCUGUUUCUGGACCUAUCCCUGGUGGACCUACCAUUCAGAUCGACUGGUCCUUGAACCAGGCUCGAGCCAUCAGGACUAACCUUACAGCGAGUGGACCAAGGCCGAAUCCACAAGGAUCGUACCAUUAUGGUAUGAUAAACACAACAAGAACGAUCAGACUUGCUAGCUCUGCUGGUCAGGUUGAUGGGAAGCAACGAUACGCUGUGAACAGUGUGUCGUUCAAACCAGCAGACACUCCACUGAAACUUGCGGACUAUUUCAAGAUUGACGGUGUUUACAGGACUGGAAGCAUACAGUACCAACCCACUGGUGGAGGAAUAUACCUCGACACAUCAGUUAUGCAAGUUGAUUACAGAACCUUUGUGGAGAUUGUUUUCGAAAACACUGAGGAUAUUAUCCAGAGUUAUCAUCUUGAUGGUUACUCUUUCUGGGUUGUUGGCAUGGACGGUGGACAGUGGAGUCCAAACAGUAGAAACGAGUACAAUCUACGCGAUGCAGUAGCUCGCUGCACCGUUCAGGUAUAUCCAAGCUCAUGGACGGCUAUAUUGAUAGCACUUGACAACGUAGGGAUGUGGAACCUAAGAUCCGAGUUCUGGGCGAGGCAAUACUUAGGACAGCAGUUCUAUUUACGUGUCUACACACCCUCGACUUCUCUCAGAGAUGAGUAUCCAGUUCCAAGGAACGCUCUUCUCUGCGGUAGGGCCAGUGGUCGCCGUACCAGACCGCUUUGAGUGGGCGGUUAGAUAGAGAUAUGAGAGAGAGAAAGAGAGAGAGUACAUGGUCAGCCAAACCAGCUGACUGACGCGCGUUCUCGAGGAUGUUUCUUGUUUUUAUUCAUUCUUCAUUUUGCUAAUGAAUGAAAUUAUAAAAGAGUGUAUGGGUAUAUCAGUUUGUAACGAUCUCAGCUCGAGGUCUCAUUCUUAAUUUCUUAUAUUCUUUCUUUUUCUGUGGAGCCAAAAACUUUAUUCAAAUAUAUAAUUCUAUAGUUUCA